UCGCAUGAAAUUAUAAAAAUACAGGUGAGACUUGUUUUUAUUUUAAUAUAAACAUUCCCUUUACAAUACAAACAGUGUAGCAUGGAGCCAGUACUUGAGAACAAAAAGUGAAGCUGCAAAGUCUAUUUUAUUUGUUGAAGCUAAAUAUGUAGACCAGAAAGCAAACAGACAGCAUAAAUAAUAAGUAAUUUAAUUUUUCAAAUUUCAUUUUUAAUCAUCAAUACUUUAAAGUCUAGGUAGAUAUUACAUUUCCUUACUUGUUUUAUUAAUAUGUGCUUUUUACCUUAACUUUAAAAACAAAACAGUAGAUAUUUAUUUUAUGUUCCUCAGUGUGGUGUUUGUGUGCAUUAGGUCCUAUUUCUGCAUUAUGACAACAAGCAGGUGAAUUCCUGAUCCUGCGCUGAGCUCCAUUAAUUUCAUAGACUUAGGUUUGCUGCAGGCACAACAGUUUGCCUUCACAGUCAGCUGCAGGAGCAGGGCCUUAUAUGGUAUCUGACCAUUGCAUAAGGCAAUCUUACGAAAUGUACUUAUAUGCAUAAGUGUUUACAAAAACAGGGCCUUAAUGUUUACAUGUGGUCUAGAAAAUAUGUUACCAAAAGAUUAAUUUUGACAGAAAUUCACUCUUUUGUCAUGUGGUCUCUAAUCGGUGGCAAAAUGAUUUGUCAAUCAAUUUAAGUUUCAAAUAACCUGGGACAGAAUAACCUGCAUAAGAAUAAAUGGAGUAGGUGAUUUUUGUUUUUCUUCUUGACCUACACAGUAGAAAGGAGCUGCUAUAUUUAUUGCUCUGAAAAAUACAAGAUGUAUUAUAAUACUUCAAAAAGAAAAGGAGUACUUGUGGCACCUUAGAGACUAACCAAUUUAUUUGAGCAUAAGCUUUCGUGAGCUACAGCUCACUUCAUCAGAUGCAUACUCUUUUAUAUUUAUUGCAGUUUUACUUAUCUGUACUGUCUUCCAAUCCUUGAAUUUAAUUGGGUGUACAGAAAGUAAUUAAAUUUAGAGCUGAUUGGAAAUUUUUCAACAGAACUUUUUUUUCUCAGAAAAAUGCCAAUUCGUAGAAACCAAAAGUGUUCGUGGGAAAGAGCCCGUUUUAAUUAAUUUCUCAUUCUGAAAACAUUUGGAAAAUAAUAGAUUCAAAUGGUCAAAAUCUUGUUUUGGACAUUUUCUAAAUUUAAAAGUUCCAUUUUUCAGUUUGAAAGGACAUUUUAUUUUGAAAUUUUAAGUUAACUUAAGGUAAAACUUUUUUAAAAGGUCAAAAUGAAACAUUUUGAUUGACCUGAUUUGAUUUUUUUAAAUUUUUGGUUCAGAAAAAUUGUCAAGAUUGACUUGAUUUCAAAACUUAUUCCUGUCCCAAAUCUUGAAAAUUCUUGCAAAUGGAAAAAAUUGUUUCCCAUCCAGCUAUAAUUAGAAUGGUCUUCAUUGUUUGUAGGUAGUGGAUGACUUGGUUCUGACUGCAUUUCUUUUUUUGUUGUUGUUGUUGGAUUGUUUUACAACUGUAACAUUUACUUGAAAUUAAUUAAUGAAAGAUCUUUGGAAAAAGCAGCUGGAAAGCAGCUGUGGAGUGGUGGCUGAAACAUUGUUUUUUCUUUGAGUGCUUGCUCAUCUCGAUUCCAUUUUAGGUGUGCGCACGCCCACGUGCACAGUUGUCGGAGAUUUCUGCCUUAGCGGUAUCCAUAGGGCUGGCUGUGGCGCCCUCUGGAGUGGCGCUCCCAUGCGGCGGUAUAUUAAAUUAAAUUACUGAGACUACUGGGCCACCUGGCAGCAUGUACUUACAUGGUCCAGCACGCAUGACUCCGCCUCAGACACCUUCAGGCGUGGCUGGUGUCGGUCUAUGUCCCCACUUGGCACAGCAUGGACCUGGUGAUCAGGAUUCCGGACAGCUUACUGUCAUCCUUCCUCUAGUGGCAGGAUCUCAUGUUGCUGCUGGAAGGCGUUCCUUUCGCGGCCCUGGCCUCAUCAGUGACCAUUGUCUCCGAUGCCUCAGACCUGGGAUUGGGAGCCCACCUGGGCACUCUCGGCUCUCAAGGUUGUUGGUCCAGUCGCGAUCAUUCCCUGCAUAUCAAUGUCAGGGAACUCAGGGUGGUUCGACUAGCCUGCCAAGCCUUUCUACCUCAGGUUCAAGACAGGGUUGUUCAGGUCCUGACGGACAACAUGGCUACUUUCUUCUAUAUCUACAGGGCGGAGUCAGGUUGUCUGCCCUCUGGCUCUGGGACUUCUGACUGCAGUACAACAUCCAUAUUGUAGCCACUCACCUUCCAGGGUGGUCAGUUCCAUCUUCUGCAGGUGGGGAACUCCCCAGGUGGACCUGUUCGCGUCCGAGCAGAACAGGAAAUGCUACGUCUUCUGCUCGGCUGGGGGCAUGGACGGAGGAUCCCUGUCGGGUGCCUUUCUGCUUCUGUGGUUGAGGGCUUUGAUGUAUGCCUUCCCUACAGUGCCGUUGCUACCCAGGGUCCUUACGAAGAUCAAACAGGACAGAGCAGGAGUCAUCCUCAUAGCACCGGCAUGGUCAUGCCAACACUGGUUCAGCACUCUGCUGGAUCUCUUGGUGGCAUCCCUGUUCCAGCCACCGCUCAGGUCGGACCUGUUGUCCCAGAACCAUGGCAGUCUUUUGCACCACAACCUUGUGUUACAUCUGAUGGCCUGACUGCUGUGUGGCUAAACGCACAGGAAUAGCAGUGCUCAGCUGGGGUUCAGCACAUCCUGUUGGGAAGUAGGAAGGCCUCCACCAGAGCGACAUACCUGGCCACGUGGAAAUGGUUCAUCUGCUGGAUUGCGGACAAAGGUGUUGGUCCUGAGCAGGCUUCGCUGCGACUUAUUCUGGACUACCUCCUGCAUCUUAAGAUCCAGGGCUUGUCGCUCUCAUCGAUCAACGUCCAUCUAGUGACUAUCUCAGCCUUUCACCUGCUGUCUGAGGGCAGGUCGGUUUUUGCUCAGGAUAUCACAGCCAGAUUCCUUAAGGGCCAAGAGCGCCUCUACACGCAAGUCAGGGACCCCGUCCCACCGCGGGACUUGAAUCUGGUGCUGUUGCAGCUCACUGGUCCUCCCUUCGAGCCUCUGGCUUUCUGCUCUCUCCUUCUCCUUUCCUGGAAGGUCAUGUUCCUGGUUUGCGGUGACGUUGGCCUGCCGAAUAUCUAAGAUUCGGGCACUCACCUUGGAGCCACCGGACACAGUUUUCUACAAGGACAAGGUCCAGCUAAGACUGCACCCGGCUUUUCUUCCGAAGGUAGUCUCUCAGUUUCAUUCAAGCCAGGACAUUUACUUACUGGUCUUCUUUCCGAAGCCACAUAACUCAAAGGAGGAGGAAUGUAGGCUACAUGCCCUGGACGUCAGGAGGGCUCUGGCCUUUUACAUUACGGAAAGGCUUGGUCCUGUCAAGUUGACGCAAUUAUUCAUGAAAGAUUGCCCUGUAUCCGCUCAAAUAAUUUCUUCUUGGAUCACUGCCUGCAUUAGUUUCUGCUAUGACCAAGUGAAGGUGCCACCCCCAGUGAUCAUCACCGCCCACUCUACCAGGGUGCAGGCCUCUUCAGCAGCCUUUCUGGCCCAUGUGCCUAUCCAGGGCAUCUGUAAAGUGGCCACUUGGUUGUCUGUUCGUACCUUUCUGUCCCAUUAUGCACUGAUGCAGCAGGCCCGGGACAAUGCUGGCUUCGGUAGGGCAGUACUGCAAGCCGCUAAGCUAUGAACUCCGAGCCCACCUCUGUGGACUCUGCUUGUGAGUCACCUAAAAUGGAAUCAACAUGAGCAAGCACUCGAAGAAAAAAAGGUUACCUACCUUUUUGUGACUGUUGUGCUUCGAGAUGUGUUGCUCAUGUCUAUACCAUUUCCUGUCCUCGUACCCCUCUGCUGGAGUUACUGGCAAGAGGGAACUGAGAGGGUGCAGGGCCGGCAGCGCCUGAUAUACUGCCCCAUGGGAGUGCCCUUCCAGAGGAAACCACAGCUGGCUCUUCGGAUACUGCUAAGGCAGAAAUCUCCAACAACUGUGCACGUGGGCGCACGCACACCUAAAAUGGAACAGACAUGAACAACACAUCUCGAAGAACAGUUAUGAAAAGGUUUGAUGUGGAAAAGGAGUGUUCAAAAGUUGAUGAGGUCUGUGAAGAAAAUAAUUCAAAAGCAUGCUUCAAUAUUAGUUCAAAUUUACCUGUAAUUGAAAAGAAAAUAGACACAACAGAUUAUGUUCUAGGUAUGACUAAGAAAGAGAGAAAUUUUAUUGCUAAUCGUGAAAAAGAAAAAGGUAAUGAAGCCUUUGCCAUUGGGGAUUUUAAAGAAGCAGUGACAUAUUACACUCGGAGCAUAUCAGUAUUGCCCACUGUGUCAGCAUAUAAUAACAGAGCUCAAGCAGAAAUCAAACUUCAAAACUGGCAUAAUGCUUUUCAGGAUUGUGAGAAAGUGUUAGAUUUGGAGCCUGGCAACCUAAAAGCUCUUAUGCGCCGUGCCACUGUACACAAGCAUCUACAGAAUUACCAGGCAGCUAUACAGGAUUUGGCCAAAGUAUUACAUGUUGAACCAGAAAAUGCCAUAGCUAAGAAAAAUCUGUCCGAUAUUGAGCAGAAGCUGAAAGAUUUAGAGCCUGUAUCUGAGAUGCACACCAAAGGAAAAAGAAUACUUAUUCAAGAUACAGAGGAGUCAGAUGGUGAUGAAGAAAGAGGAGGAAAUGGAGAAGAACAUGAAAGUGGCAGUGGAGAUAAAAAAACUGGUGUACUACUUGGAGGCGAGAUUCCAACUAAAAGUGAAAUGGGGAAUGUACAAAAAAAGUUUUCCAGCAAAGGAGGUGGCUGUAAGUCAGAGAUGCAGAAGCACAGUGAAUACACUGAGAAGAGAGUAAAAAAAGGCAUAUCCGAGAAAAAGACAAUUGAACAUUUACCAGACCAUGAAGGUGAAGUUAAUGGUUAUCUAAAUGGUAAAAAAAAGGAUGAAAGCAAUGAUGUAAAGAAGGAAACCUCCAGUUCACAUGGGACAGAAUCGUCAUCAGCUGGGAAAAGCAUUUCUAAUUUGCUUCCUCCUACUGCAGCAAAACUGAAAAGUGAAGGAAAUGAGUUAUUUAAGAAUGGACAGUUUGGAGAGGCUGUGCUGAGGUAUUCAGAGGCAAUUGAAAAUGUCAUCAAUUUAGGAGUACAAAGUCGAGAUGAUCUAAGUAUCUUGUAUUCAAAUAGAGCAGCAUGUUACCUUAAAGAAGGCAACUGCAGUGACUGCAUUCAAGAUUGUAACAGAGCUCUGGAACUUCAUCCAUUUUCCCUUAAACCUCUUCUGCGACGGGCAACGGCAUAUGAGUCCAUAGAGCGAUAUCGGCAGGCGUAUGUUGAUUAUAAAAUGGUUCUACAGAUAGACAGUGGGAUCCAGGCAGCAAAUGACAGUGUUAAUAGAAUAACAAGAACUUUAAUAGCUCAAGAUGGUCCAAGUUGGAGAGAGAAGCUACCACCAAUUCCAGUUGUCCCUUUUUCUGCUCAGUUACACAAAUGGGAUGAAGAAAGUUUUACUUCAGAGACUAAGCAAAAGAAGUCUGCAGACUUCAAUGGAGACAGACAAUCAGAGAUGAACAGUGAAAAAACUGAAGAGAAUUUCAGGACCCUUAAGAAUGAAGGAAAUGAAUUGGUAAAGAAGGGUAAAUAUAAAGAAGCUCUAAUGAAAUACGACGAGUGCAUGAAGUUAAAUUCCAAGGAAUGUGCUAUCUACACUAACAGGGCUCUCUGUUACUUAAAAUUGUAUCAAUAUGAAGAGGCUAAACAGGAUUGUGAUCGUGUUCUUCAGAUAGAAGAUGCUAAUGUCAAAGCUUUUUAUAGAAGAGCUCUAGCAUACAAAGGACUACAGAAUUACCAAGCCAGUGUUGAUGAUCUCAGCAAAGUACUUAUGAUAGAUCCAAAUGUGGCUGAAGCAAAGAGGGAACUACAAGAGAUCACCCAGUUGCUUAACCUUAAAAAUGAUAUUGGAGCAGGUAGCCAACAAAAGCAAAGGAAGAAAAUCAAAAUACAAGAGGUAAAUGAGGGUAAUGAAGAGGAGAGACAGACCAGUACCUCAAAGGAUGCUGUGCUUAAUUACCAAAUUGCCAAAGGAGAAGCUGAAAACAGUCUGCCAUUGAAAAUCUCUGAAAAACUGCUCAUUUCAGAACCAUCUAAUGCCUAUGAGUUUGGUCAGAUUAUAAAUGCAGUGAAUGCCAAGAAGGAUGAAGCUGCCUGUGCAGAUCUUUUAACCAUUAUUGAUCCCAAAAAAUUGCCAAUGCUGCUAAGUAACAAACUAGAGGGGGAUACCAUUCUGAUCUUUAUGCAGGCACUGGAAUAUCAUCUACUUGGAAAAGACCCUGGCCUUGUGUAUCAGCACCUUCUUUAUCUGAGUAAAGUUGAAAGAUUUAAGGUAGUGCUGACGCUUCUUAGCAAGAAUGAAAAAGAGCAGGUUCAGAAGUUGUUUGAUUCUCUUUCAAAAAAGCAAAAUCACCAAUUUUCUUUAGAAGACCUGGAGAGUCUUAAAAGGGUUUAUGAACUUUAAACAGAAUUUUAACUUUUGCAUGUAUAUAGUUGAUGUUGGUAGGCUGGGUGUAUGAACUAUGCAGACUUGCAUGGGAUAAAGUCAGUCUUCUACCUGGAUUGUUCAAGAUGCUGUGUAUAUAUAUAUAUUUUUUUCUUUUUAACAGUAUGUGUACAUUUAAAAUCUGCUCCUUUAUCUUGUAACUGUAUACAUUUUUAACCUAUAGCAUAAUGCACAUCUUUGUAUUUAAUAACAUAGGUCAUAUUAUUUGAUGAUAUAUUGAUCAAAUUAGAAUAUAUUGAUUUAUAUAUAUAAUAUAGUGCACUCCAGCAGGGUCAGUGUGGGCUAGUUAAUGUGCAACAUGCUAGUGUGCACUAGAAUUCACACUCCUCUAGUGCGGAUUAACAUAUCGUAUAGACAAGCCCUGUGUUUACAAAAAAGAUUUUGUUUAAUUUUUUUCUGAUGUUAAAUAACUGCUUAAUGUCAUCUUUCUUGGAAUGUACAAAAACCAUAUUUUUAUACUGUUUGUGCAAUACAGGUUAACAACAAAGAUGAAUCAAACUAGACUAGUUUGUGAUGGAACUCUUUGAAGCAAUAUAAUUGUUAAAUUGUGACGUUUUUGAAAUGGGAAAAAAAAGAGUACUUUAUUGUUAUAUAUGUAGAAAUUUUUUGUGGCAGAAUUGCUGAUGCUUUUGUACUGUUUCUGAAAGCGGUACUUAUUGGUAGUGACAAAUUUUCAUUUAUAGAGGCUCCCCCCCCAUUAUAUGCUAUUAUUGAAAUACUGUGUGCUAUCUUAAUGUUUUAUUCUGUUGUAAUAAAUUUUUGCUUAAUUUAUCCUAAGAAAAAGUGGCUGCAAUUAGAAAUAAAGAUAUCUGACUCUUUUGAAACUUAUAUAUAACAACUGUUUAAAACACCAGCUACUCUGCUGGUCGGUCAUGCUUGAGAAGACAGAAAUAAAAAUAGUAGUUUCACAAACUCAA